AUGAUAAGAUGCACAUACACAUCUCAGAAGCAGAAGAAGCAGAAGCUAUGGCUUGAUGGAUUUGUAAGUUUGAAGGGAAAGAAGGUCAGCUUGUAUGACUCUGAAAAAAAGAUGAUAGAAAGCUCGUUUUUACCUGCUGUUGAAAACGACAUGGAGAUGCAGAAGUAUCUUGUUUAUGUUGAUUCGUUUGAAGAUCUGGAGAGUGAAUGUGCAGAGCUAGAUGAGGAGGAAAGAAAGCCCGGCAAUCGCAUUGAUAAGUGCAAUAAUGCUAGAAACAUCAAAGAUGCAUCAAAUAGUGUAAAUGUCAGUGAAUAUAAGCACAGUGCAAAUACAAAUAUGCACAGCAGGCUAGGUAGAGUCCCAAGUGGAAUAGAAGCCGAGGAGCCUAUGGAGUUGAGCGAAGACAAAGAGCAUGGAUGCGUAUCUAAGGGAAGAUCAUCAAGUGAAAUAAUUGAUUUAUUCAGAAGAUUAUAA